GACAGAUAUGACAACCGUUUUCAGUACAGCGGCCUAGAUCACAAUUCACGAGCUCCUAGUUAUAUAGCCUGCCAAUGCUUCGACUUUCGAGGGUGUUUUUGGAGGGGCCUUGUUUUGCUUGGUUACUAGAUUCAGGAAAUGUGGUGAACUUCGACAGCAGAUCGCUCCUACUUUUAGCAAUUCACAUUAGAUCACUGUUGUCUUCAGCCACUCCCUUCCUAAAUUGCUAAACAGUGCAACUAUGUAGACCACGACCCGAUGCAUGAAAAUAACGUCACGUACCGCAGCCCAUGAAUGACACAACCACCUCAAUUAUUCGGGCGGGGUGGUGUUUCCUGAUCUGGCGCCAUUGACGCGGACAGCUCGAACGCCGCCUUUCAACCUCAGUCUAUAUCAAAGCUACGAGGGAAAGAAGGAAAAUAAUUCGCAUGCACAGAAGAUUUCUUUGACAUUUCAAACGUCUGAUGCUGAUGGAGACCAAACAUCAGGGAAAGUGGCGAUAUUUCAUAUCCUCUUAAGCUUACUGCUAUGGUGGGCUUUUCCUUCUCCAUAAUUUUUGCUCUGCCUGGAAAGAAGAAAAAUAGUGUUAGAGCUAAUAUUUCCAUGGAUGAUGAUGAUGCUGCCAAGCUUGUACUGUUUUCUCUGCUUCUUGUCUUCCAAUGCAAAACCCUUGCUGUCAGUGACACUAUAGAGGCCAAUGGGUCACUCAAGGAUGGGAGCUUGGUCAUGUCCAAAGGGGAUAAGUUCGCUUUAGGGUUUUUCAGCCCUGGUCGAUCGAGCUACAGAUACCUAGGGAUUUGGUAUCAUAACAAGCCAGGACAAGCUCCUGUGUGGGUAGCAAACAGGAAUUCUCCCAUCAAUGGCAAUUCAGGAGUUCUAUACAGCAACCUUUUUCUGUACAGUAGCAUAGAUCAAGAGCUCCCAGUAUGGUCUGCUAACAUUUCGAGGGUGUUUUCGGAGGGGCCUUGUUUUGCUCAGUUGUUGGAUUCAGGAAAUUUGGUGUUGUUUCAAGGUACAAGUAACAGAACAAUUGUGUGGCAAAGCUUUGAUCAUCCUACAGACACCUUGUUAGCUGGCAUGAAAAUGGGUCUGGAUAGGGAAACAGGUUUCAAUCGCAUCGGGACUUCAUGGAGAUCAGCAGAUGACCCUGGAACUGGUGAUUUCUCAUAUAAGCUCAACCCAAAUGGCUCCCCACAAUUCUUCAUUUACCACAGGGGUAGGAUUCCGAAUUGGCGGACCUUGCCAUGGCCCUGGCGCAUAGACCAUCCGUUAUACAGCGAUUCUUUUGUUAAUAAUGAACAGGGGAUACAUUACUCAUUUAUCCCGAGUGAUCCUUCUAUUGUCAUGAUGUGGCGGAUUGACAGUUCUGGAACAAUAAUGGCGGUCACCUGGGACGAAGUUGAUGGUCGAUGGAAGGAGUUCUAUACGGUAACACUUCGGAAAUGUAAUGCCUAUGGUCAUUGUGGCGCUUAUGCAAAGUGUGAGCCUAGCAGUCCUUAUCUUUCCGAAUGUGUUUGUUUACCUGGUUAUGAACCAAGUUCUCCAAGCAGGCUGCUCCUUGGAGAUUCAUAUGGUGGGUGUGUCAGGAAGCGAUUGAAAUCCUCUUCUUUCUGUGAGCCCGGGGAGGGGUUUGUGAGAGUGGCAAAUGUGAAGGUUCCUGAUACUUCAGCAGCUGUGUGGGUGGGCAUGGGAUUGAAUGAAGUGAACUGUGAGCACGAAUGUAGAAAGAAUUGCUCCUGCAGUGCAUAUGCAACGCCUAAUAUUGUUGGGAAAGGGACUGGUUGUUUGACAUGGAACGGGGAACUAAUUGAUACAGUUAACCUCCCAGCCCCUGAUAUCGCAAUCUAUGUUCGUGUCGAUGCAAAUGAACUAGUUCCACUGCAAUCUAGUGGCUAUCAUGAGCUCAAGUUGCAGCUAGACGUGCUGAUACCAUCUGUUGCUUCAGCUUGGCUUGUUGGUGUCUUGUUUGCUUACUCGUGGAUCAUGAGGAUCAAGAAGUGGAGGAAGAGAAAAGCAAAUGAGAAGCGGAUUAGGAACUUUUUUCAAUCGGGUGAAGAUGGUUCAAAAUACUUCCCAGAUUCUUCAGUGAUCAAGGAGACCGAACGAAGUAGAAUUUACCCAGAACUCCCAUUUUUCAGCCUUAGCACGAUUCAUGCUGCUACCAACAAUUUUUCCCCUCGUAACAAACUGGGACAAGGAGGUUUUGGUUCAGUGUACAAGGGGAAAUUAAAUUCUGGAGAAGAGGUUGCUGUAAAAAGAUCACCAAAGAAUUCAAGGCAUGGGCUGGAACAAUUUAAAAGUGAAGUCUUUUUGAUUGCGAAAUUACAGCACAGGAACCUUGUGAAGCUCCAUGGCUGCUGCAUUGAGGAACAAGAGCAAAUGUUGGUUUAUGAGUACCUACCCUACAAGAGUUUGGACUCCCUUCUUUUCAUUGAUAAGACAAGGAGCCAUUUCUUAGACUGGAGCAAACGAUUUAAUAUUAUAGUUGGGGUUGCUCGCGGGAUUUUGUAUCUUCAUCAAGACUCAAGGUGCAGAAUAAUCCACGGCGAUCUGAAAACCAGCAACGUUCUUCUGGAUGCAGAGCUGAACCCAAAAAUUUCCGAUUUUGGAAUGGCUAGAGUAUUGGAAGGUGACAAAGUUGAAGGGAGGACGAGAAGAAUUGGCGGAACUUAUGGUUACAUGUCACCAGAGUAUGCAUACCUAGGGAAGUUCUCAGUGAAAUCCGACGUCUUCAGUUUUGGAGUGAUGUUGCUGGAAAUUGUGACCGGGGUGAAGAUCACUGGGUUUUCUCAGGAGGAUCCUGCCUUGAACUUGAUUGGAUAUGUAUGGGAGUUAUGGAAAGAACAGAGAGUCAUGGAGGUAGUUGAUCCGGCAUUGGAAGUGUCAAAUGGCGCCCUGAGAUGCAUCCACAUCGGACUGCUCUGCCUCGAGAAAGAUCCUGUUGACAGACCUCAUAUGCAGGCAGUGGUUGUAAUGUUGAACAGCCAAAUGACACCUCUUCCUCUGCCAAAACAUCCUGCAUUCGUUUAUGAGAAGUCCCGAGCCGAAGCAAUUGCAGGAGAGUGCUCGAGGAACGAGAUCACCUUUUCUGACACCCUUGGUCGCUGAUGUUUAGGACGGUACACUAAUGUAUAAAGUCCUUCUAACAACUCACAUCCGAGAAAUGCAGCAUGUUAAUCCGCUGCAACCGGGAAUGGAACUCUAUGAGAUCUAAUCUUUCGUUGUUUCCCAGUAGCUUAGUGGCCGGGAUACACUGCAUCCCUACCACUGCCUCACCCAACUCUACGACAUAGAACUUGCGUAUAUAAGCUUCAGCAAUCACUCCGACAAACAAAAGGAGAUUUCUCAG